UUCUUCACUUGCAAAUCUUCGAUUCAAAAAACUGCCCGGCUUCUUCUGCUAUUUCUGAGUCCUCCGAGUCUUCCAAUCGUUUCCAAGUAAGUCUUUCCAUCCUUUUCUGAGUCAUGUCAGACCGUGAAGAUAGCCAGAACCCUUCCGUCCACUCGUACGGUUCUGGUGGCCGGUCUCCAACAUUUGGUUCCUCUUCUUCUUCAUCAUCCUCUGAUUCCGAGCGCCCGGCUACUUCUCCACAGAAGAAGCCGGUUGAUGCUUCCACUUGCGCUCCUCCUUCUCCCGUGGCGCAAGUGGUCUCGGUUGCCCAGAUCGGGGACGAGGGCUUCAUCCAGCUAGACGACCGGUUGCUCCAAGAGCAACCAUCGUACAUGCAGAAGCCCCAAGUCCACGAACUGCGUAAUCUGAUGCCUGAUGGGUACCAAUUGACAUACCGGGCAACCUGGAAGAGCAUCAUACCUCUCCACAUCGGUACGUCGAUUGGUAUCCAUUACCAUUCAAUCAAGGACUUGGGUGAAUUCUCUAUUCACCCAUUCAAAGUCCUUUUCCUUGAGACCUACGGGAUCAUGCCCGGGCAAUUGGCCCCAAAUGGUCACCGUUUGCUGGCCAGUUUCAUCAACGUCUGCCGGUUUCUCCGUAUUCCUCUCUCCCUUCGUCUCUUCGAUCACAUGUUCGAUGUCCGGCCCGGAUCCAAAGAAACUCUUGGAUUCGUGGUGGUGUCUUCUCACCAAGGCCGGGCAUUCCUCUGUGGCCUUCCACCUUCUAACAAGAAGUGGAAGGACAAAUACGUCAAACCUGUGGAGGCCGAUGACCUGGCUACUUGGGAAGCCACUCUCCGGGCCGGGGACGCCUCCACUCGCGGUCAGUACCACGUCGGGAAGUGGAGCGUCUACCCCGGCCGGGAGACCGACCCCGAGCCGGAGAUUGUUCUGCCCGGGACGAUCCCCGAAGCCAUCCCCAUCCGCCGGGCGAUGGGAUCCAAAGCCCAGGCCACAGCCGCUGCCGGUCCUUCACGCCCGGCGAAGAAGAAGAAGGAGAAAGUGGUGAAAUUCCAGUCCAAGUUUCCCAUCCCACAGAUAGUGGUUGAGGAGCCCUCCACCGCUCAGCCACUCAACCCUCCAUCCGGCCAGCCCUUCUCCCUAGAGGAGCAACCCACCCAAUCGCAUCAGGGAACCAACCAGCCGAUUCACUCGGGGGAUCUCUACAUAAAUGUAGAUACCUUCGAGUUCGACACCCUGAUGGGAGAGACCGGGCACACAUCCCAGGCUGGGAGGGGAGGCCAGCCCAAUGAGGAGGUCGAAGCUGAGGAAGAGGCCGCUGAGGAGGCUCUUCAACGAAAGAGGCAGAGGACUGAAGAGGUCAACCAGCCUGCUCACCAAGGGCCCCAGUCCUCCGACGGUGGCAAAGGACCCAUAGUGCCCCGGUCUCCACUCUUGAUGAACCGGUCAAACGAAGAGCUUUUCCAAGCUUUUCGUGCCGACCUGUCUGAGGUCGGCCGGAUCGGGGAGGAGUACUUCGCCCGGCUGAUGAAGUCGGCGGAUGAGGAGAAGGCCUGGAUGGAGGCCAUGAUUGUCCAAUGCCGGAAGGAUGCUCAGGCCGCCCGCGAAUACGCGGAGAAGACGGAGGCGAAGUGGCUGGAGCACUGCACGGUCUACCGUCAGCUUUACGCCAAACACGACGGACUUCUCAAGGCCGCGAAAGAGGCCGAUGAGCAGGCCCAGGCCAAGAUCCAACAGCUGGAGGCCGACAAUGCCCGGUCAGCUGAGGAGAUCGCCCGUUUGAGCGAUGAGUUGGAGAAAGAGCAAUCGGAGCGGGCUGCCGUAGCCGCUGCCUGGGCUGCCCAAGCGCCUGAGGAGUUCGCCGCUAAGGCGCUUCCUGACCGAGAGACAGCAAUCCGCUUCUUCCAAGGUCUGUAUAAGCACCCAGUUUCGGCUGGCAUUGUGGACGAGAUUGGGACUUAUGGCUACGAAAGUGGCCAGUGCUCUGAGCGGAAGGCCCUCUACGGCAUCCUUGAGCAGCGGAUUCAAGGCUUUCGACCGAAGGCUCUAUCUCUGCACGAGCUGCAUAGCGAGGCACCUGAACCUCCCUUCCCAGGCAUCUGAUCCAUCCGACCUUCUUCUUUCUUUUUUUUUUAUCUUAUGAUGUAAUGAUCUGCCUCCGGGCACUUUUGUAAGACUGAAAUAUUAAUGAAAAUAUUUUCUACAU